AUGGUUGUUGGAACUUUAAUUGUUAGACCCAAAUCUGCUUAGCUUACAUAUGACACUGAAACAUUUGGCAAGAUGGAUCCCUUUAUUAAUGUAAUGAUUGGAAGCUAAAAGUAAACAUCUGCAGUUGCUAAGGAUUAAGGCAAAAAUCCUGUCUGGGCUGAUUAAUUCAACUUCAAGAUUUUGAAUGACACUAUGCUCACAUUCACCCUCUAUGACUACGAUACCUUCUCAAGUAGCGAUUUCAUAGCUGAAGGAUCUUGCUCACUUGCAAGCGCAUUCUAAGGUGGAAAAAGAACUGAGUAUGCUCCUUGCAUGAGAAAAGGCAAAAGUGCUGGCCAAGUUGUUUUUGAAUUUGAAUUUAUUCCAGAUGGUGUCCAAGGAGUCCCUGUUUAAUAAGGUUUCCCUGUGUAAUAAGGUUACCCUGUUUAACCAGGCUACCCUGUCCAAUAAGGUUACCCUCCUUAAAUGGGAUAUCCUCAACAAGUUCCUUAAGGUUACCCUCCUUAAAAUCCUUACCCUGCUCAAUAAUACCCAGCUCAACAAUACCCUCCUUAGUAAUAAUACCCUCCUUAAUAGUAUCCUGGUUAAGUCCCCAUGUAAUAAUAUCCUCCUUAGCAAUACCCUGCAUAAGGAUAUCCUCCUGGUGGUUAAGUAUACCCAGGAGCUUACUAAGUACCUACAGGUCCUGUAUUUAAUAAUCAUAAAUUGCCAGUAAUCACUUUUAAUCACCAUUGUAAAAAAUGUCAUGGUAGCGGCUGGAAAUAAAAAGAUGGCAGAAGUGUCCCUUGUGGUAAGUGCUAUCACCAUGCAGGAUACUGUAAAAAAUGCUGUGGUACCAAAUUUACCAUAAAACAUAACACACCUUGCCAUAAAUGUUGA